CGCAGUUUACAUUCGACUUGCUGCAUGAACAAGGUGGUGCCAGUCAAGGCGGCCGAGGCGCGGGAGCCCUGCGACACGGGCCCGUCACGGUCGGCCAUGACCCAAGCCGCCAAGGCCCUCGCGCUCGCCGAGCGGCUUGGUGCUGGCAAGGCCUUUCGCAAGACGACGUUGCGGGACAUUGGCGAGCUCGGGAUUGGUAUCCAGCUCUACUUUAUGCUCAUCAAGUACGGCGCGAUCGCCCUUGGCGUCCUCUCGGUCUUUGCUGUCCCCAGCGCGGUGUUGCACUACUAUGGACACGGUGUCCUUGCCGCGAACGCCGACCCGCUCAAGCUCACGUACAUUUCCAUUGCAAACGAAGGCGUCAACCCGGGCAUCGAUGCGUCGCUGUGCAGUGCGAACGGCGGGCGCAUCGACUGCUCUGGCGACACCAUCGACACGCCGCUGACGCCCGACCCCAAAAUCGCAUCGUACAUCAUUGCGGGCUGCGACGUCGCCUACUCGAUCGUGUUUUGGCUCUUCAUUGGGCUCUUUGGGUACCUCUCGCGCCGUGCCGUGCGUCUCGACGCCGUGCAAAACAGUACGCCGGCCAAGUACGCGGUGCGCGUCAAGGGCCUCCCGCGCGACGCGACUAAGGCCGAGCUCCUCGAGCAUUUCGAUUCGCGCUAUGCGCUCACGUUGCCGGAGAUGCACUACCCGCUCUGGCUCGGAUGCUUUGGGCGCCGUCGCCCGCCCCGCCGUCCAACCCUCGUCCCCGCGACUGCAAGCGCCGUUUCGAAUGUCGACCACGUCGAUGGCGACGCAACCUACUUGGGGAAAUGGGUCGCCCAAGUGACCAUCGCCCACCCCACCGGGGGGCUUCUUCGCCAUUUUUUGUCGCUGGAGCGGCUCACGACGCAGCUUGCGGCGCUCGACGACGUCCUAACUGCCUAUCGCAAGAUGCCGACGCGGUAUGCCAAGAAGCUCGUCGUCGCCGAAGCUACCCAGACGCGGCUGCAGACAAAGAUGGAGAAGAUCGUCGACAAGAUGACGUCACUCAAGACCACGGGACUGCAGCGACUCGAGGAGUGCGAGUGCGCCUACAUUGUGUUUGAAAACACUGAGAGCCGCCGGCGCUGUUUGCGCGACUACCGGACGAGCACCUCGUCAUGGAAGCGGUUUUGGCAGCCGAAAGCACUGCGUUUUCGCGGCCAAUUUGCCAUCGUCGUCGAGCCCGCGCCCGAGCCGUCCAACAUCAUUUGGGAAAACCUCGAGACGUCAGCGUCCUCCCGCUUCAUUCGGCGCUCGCUGACCAACGUGUUGACAUUCUUGCUCCUCUUGCUGUCGUGCGGCGUCAUUUCGCUUGCGAACAGCAGUCAGCGCAAGUUCAACGUGCCUGUGUUGGCCAAUUUGUGCGAGAAGAUCCAGCGGGUCUACGACGGUCCAGCGACGUCAAAUGACCGGAGCGUGCGGACGCUGGUCUGGAACGACUCGAUUUCAUGUGGCAGCGAUGCGUCGUUUGCGAUCACAUACGCCAACGUCUCGGCCCCGACCUUGCUCUUGCCGCCGUUUCUCAACUACAACGACGUGCGCCCACUGCAGAACCUCACUCGGUGCAUCGCCCCGUGCUUCAACGUCUCGGUCGCCGCAACCGCUAGUUGCGGCACGCUGCCAUGCUUUACGACCGACACCUUAAGAACGUCGACCAACGUCUCGAGCAAAUGCGAAGCCUACGUGCCCGAUAGCAUCCUCACCUGCUACUGCAUGCCGCUCCUCGAGGCUGCCAUCCACACCGACGGCGUCCUCAACGGCCCGCGCCAGCUCUGGACAAACGAGCUUCCGUGUCAGAGCUAUAUCACAGCGUAUUUGACCAAGACGAGUCUCCUCAUCGCCGCUGCCCUGACCGUGAUUGUGGUCAACGUGGGGCUCCAAGGCAUUUUCUAUGCCUUUGCGUCCUUCGAGCGGCACUCGUCCGAGUCGCACAAGGCGGCGGCGGUCGUCCUCAAGCUCUUCUUUGCUCAGUGGAUCAACACGGCGGUCAUCGUCCUCAUCGUCAACGCAAGUCUUGGGAACGUGCCGCUCGUGAGCACCUUACUGAGCGGGCAGUACAUGGACUUUGAGCGCGAUUGGUACACAAGCGUCGGCGCCGGCUUGACGAUGACGAUGCUCGUGAAUGCGCUGGCGCCGCAGAUCGGACCGCUCCUGAAUCUGUAUGUGACGUACCCGCUCUCACGCUGCUUCCACGGACGGUACGCGGUCACGCAGGCGCAGAUGAAUGCGCUGUAUGCCAACCCGAGCUUUAACAUUGCGCUGCGGUAUCCCGUCGUGCUCAACACGCUCUUUGUGACGCUCAUGUACGCCGGGGGGCUUCCAGUGCUCUUGCCCGUGGGCGCGAUCGCGCUCUCGCUGACGUAUUUUCUCGAUAAGCUCACCAUCAUGAAGCUCUGCAGCGUUCGCACGGCGUUCGACGAGGCGCUCGGGUCGCUCGCGAUGCAGCUGUUGCCCUGGGUCCUCUUCCUCCACCUCGGGUUUUCCACGUGGAUGUUUGGCAACUCGUCCAUUUUGGCCUCCGACUUGCUCUCGGUCAACGUGGUCGUCAAUGCCCUUGCAUCGUCGGUGAAUGGCGGCAACAGUACGCUGCUCGAGGCUGACCCGACGGCAUUUGUUCAAAUGACGUUGGAGGCAGAGAUGGCGUCGGCCACGCCGCUGGUUCAAACUCUCUACCGCUACUUGCUCAAGGCGUUUUUGAAAAUCAUGCGCCUCGAUACGUUUCCCGUCUUUUUCCUACUGCUACUCGUGACGCUGUGGAUGCUGCUCUCGAGCACGCUCUGGCCAUUGCUCACGCCCUUGUUGCGGCCGUUCUUAAGCUGUCUUCAACGCUGCGUCAAGCGACUCUGUGUGCGUGCGAGCGUGCACCCAACGGCAGCAUUGGCGGACGAUACCUCGCCGUUCCCGCCGUUCUCCGCGCUCUUUGAACGCCACGUGGGCAUGAGCUACGCCUGCGACGUCGCCAAAGGCUUUGUCGUGGACGAAAAUGGCGUGCUCACGCGGCGCUGGCCGCAAACGGCAGCGCGCAUGCGGACGUGGGAGGCCUUUGCGGCGCCCGUCAAGUCGUACGACAUUGCGAAAAAUCCGAAAUACACGAUGGCGGUGCAGAGCCUCGCGAGCGCCCAAGCCAAGGUUACGAACGACGCGAUUCUGUCGGGAGGUUGCCCCGGCGAAUAGCCGAGCUCAACUGCAGUGGCAUUUGCGCAGAUAGGAGUUGCAUAAAAGUGAAUAUUGCGCGUUCUACGAU